AAUGAAGAGGACAUCCAACUAAUGUGUUCCAAAAUCCUACAGAUGGUGUCCUUGCCCAAACUGAUCACCUUGACGUGACAGCCCAGCAACACCUUGACCUUCGUGCUGCUGAGUAAGACAGCCACAGACAUGGCUCUGAAGGCCCGGUCCCUGGGCAGGUCCCCUACCUUAGCAGCUUUCACCUCAGCCCUACCCAGUUCAUCUCCCCACAGAAACUCCUGACCCAUCUUGUGAUAUUUUCCCUGGAGGCCUAUAGAGAAAGGGAGUUUGGUAUAAGCUCUCUAAGGCUACUACAUGCCCUGCAUCCUAUCACCUCCUUGGACCCCGUUAUCAACUCGAAUGUGGGCCAGCUGUGGAUGAAGGAAAUCCCCCAGAUGUUGCAGAUACUGGAUGAUCACACUGAGGAGAACCUGGAUCAGGAGGAGUGGGAGGACAGGCUGCUUCAGGCUUUUCUAUAUAAAUUCUUCGGAUUUACCCUGCGGACCUCAAGGAAUAUGAAACUGGUGAAGAUGAUGCUCUCCUCCAUCCUACAAGCUAUCCAUGAAGACCUGCAGGAGAGGGAGGGCAUUGCUGUGGCACUCAGUAUUGUGUCCAUGAAACAUCUGAAGAUGGUCCUGGACCAACUGCAAGUGUAUAGUGCUAUCCUCACUGACAAGGGCUCAUCAUUCAUCCUCAAGCUAACGAAGGAACAUCAGCAAAGGGAAUGGGGGCUGGUCUGUAACAUCAUCUACUUAAGCUAUAGCAAGAUUAUUUUAGCGAGCAAGGGAGACAUCUUCACGCACUUAGAUGACAUCCUGGCCGUGGUCCUGCAACACCACCGCAACUGCAUUGUAGAAAAGGAGUUAAUCAGGGAGGAGCCAUUGAGUUCCAUCUCCAGCUCCAUUAGGCUGAGGGCAAUGAACAUCAUCAGUGACUUCAGGAAGCUCCGUCCCCUCAUAGAAGUAGAAGAAAGAACAGAGCUACUCCGAACAUGCCGUAAGAGUGUGCUCUGCCUACCACCUACAGAAAUUUUGCAGAAGGAGGCAUCCAGUUCCCAGGAGGCCCACACCACUGUGGAUUUGUUCAGGGAGACCCUGCAAUCCCUUCUAAGGCUAAUGGAGACACUUACUGUUGAGAUGCCCUCUCGGAUCCAGCACUGCUUGGAGCUUCUGGACACCUGGCUGAAUUCCCAGAAGGACAAUGAGAGGGAACGGGCCAUGUGGUGUGCUGCCCGUAUUCUUGGCUUCACUGCAAAAAUGAACAACUUCGGAAUUGAAGAAAUUGUGGAGGGGAUUCUGGAACGGCUCAACUCACAGCUGGAGCCCAACACAAAGGAGGAGACCCUGUGGGCCAUGUGCUUGCUGGCUGGCAACAACACCCACAACGUCAUGCCCUUGCUUCUCAACAAGGCUCUGCCUUGGGAUAGAACCAAUCUGGCCCUGUGGAAGGCAUUUGGCACCCAGCGAGAGACCACAAUCAGCAUCCUGCAGCUGCUCAUAGGCAUCCUGGAACAACUCCACUCCACGGAGGAAACUAAGGAGAUGGCCUCCAGCCUGUGGCGGUGACAUGUGCUCUGUGUGAGAUGCUGUCAGGGUCCCUGUGCCAGGAGGCCGUCCAGGAGUUCUAUCCCCAGCUCUUACUGUCCCCCAGAAGAUGGUGGUCUUUAGCAAGGAGGGAGGCCCAGGCAGCAAGAGCAAGCCCUUUGACCCCACUAGUUGUGCCCUGGAGGUAGUGAAGUUGGUGUUCUUGGCUGCUGCAUAUGACGGAGUGGUGGUCUAUGAAAAUCAGCAUCACUGCUGGGACCUUCUGUCCUGCCCCAAGUUUUACUACAUAGGGAUCAUGGACCUGACAAGUGGCAUUGUCAAGAACUCUGAACCUGCCAUCCUGCACCACAUCCUCAACCUCGUCAGGAACUUCCUCUAUAGUUCCAACUCUCAUCGGAAGAUCCUGGCCAGGACCUUCUAUGCACAGGUGUAGUCUCCUCAUACCCACAGCUCCUCUGGCACCGAUCAGUGGCUCAGACUCUGGGGCAAGACUUUUUGGGCAAUCUGAUCAAGUGGGUCAAAGAGCCCAACCUCAUUAUGAAGGAAGUUGGGCUUCGUGGAAUCAGUAACCUGGCACUGCACCCAGGACAAUCAGAAUCUCUGAAGGUCCAGGUUCCAUUCUUGCGAGACUUCCUGAAGAAUGAAGCAUGAGUGACAGUGCAAGCAGUAAAGAGCCUACGGAGGGGCGCCUAGGUGGCUCAGUCGUUAAACGUCUGCCUUCGGCUCAGGUCAUGAUCCCAGGGUCCUGGGAUCGAGCCCCACAUCGGGCUCCCUGCUCGGCGGGAAGCCUGCUUCUCCCUCUCCCACUCCCCCUGCUUGUGUUCCCUCUCUUGCUGUGUCUCUC